ACCGAUCCUGCUGGUGCUCGACUUGGAGGGCGGCGGCAACCAGGACGGCAGAGAUGGCGAGGACGAGAUCAUCGAAGUGCCCGUGCUAUCGAUGUGCCCAGCCACCGGGACGGAGCUCGGAAGAUUCCAUCGCUUCGCCAGACCUGGCUUCUGGGUGCGUGAGGCAGCCUCCAUGCGGCAGCGCUUCCAUGUCAACUGCUUCAACGAUGGCGCGAACUCCAUCCCCUUCCCGGAGGUGGUGGAGGCCAUGCAGCAGUGGCUCCGAGAUCUGCUCGGGCUGGCGCCCGAAGAAGAGCUGAGGAAGGAAUCCUUCUUGUUCGUCACCUGCGGGAAUUGGGAUGUCAAGACGGCCAUUCCGAGGCAGUGCAACAAGCCUUUCCCAGGUGCAGUCGACUUCGCUUUGCAGCAGCUGCUUUUCUCGCGGUGGACGAACAUCAAAGAGGUUUUCAGAGACCACUUCAAUCUCUCUGAUGCCGAUGCCCCGACGGGAAUGCGUGGCAUGCUCAAGCGCUUGAGGAUGCCACUGGCCGGACAGCAUCACUUAGGCAUGGACGAUGUGAGCAACAUCGCCAAGAUCCUGCAGCGGCUGAUCCGCGAUGGAUGCAGCAUCAAAGCUACAGGCCAAGCCUCCUUGAAAGUGACUGGGCCAAUGAAGGGCGGCUUCAAAGGCUACGGAGGCUUCGGAAAGGGCAAAGAGAAAGGCAAAGACAAGGGCAAAGGCGGCAAAGGCAAGGACAAGAAGGGCAAGGGCUUCUUCAGCGAGAUGCCACCGCCGCAAGGUGCCAUGCCCAAAAGCUCGAUGAGCGUCUUCAUGAAGGGCGAGAAGGGCCCAGGUGGAGACAUGGGAGAGGGCAAAGGGGCUCCGAGCAACGGCCACGUGGCGCCCAAGGCCGCAGCGGCGCCGGCCGGCACGGGCCAGGUGGUUCCGCCUCGAAGUCGGCUCGGCGCCGUGGCAGUGGGGCACAGGUCUCGUUUCAUCAGCGCCGACUGCAGAGGCCCAUCUGCUGGGUUGAUGGUGCAGUACUACCCUGCCUGCAGCCAAGGUAAAACUCUCGCCACAGCUGAAGAUGAGGAAAUGGAGCCCAAGAAAGAGCUGGAGGCCUUCCUCCAAAGCGCUCCGCUCCCUGGAGAGACCUGGGAGGAGGAGGAGGAGCCGGCACAGGCUGGCGAGGAAGAAGCGCCCUUGCGCAAGCCUAACAAGCAGCUGGAGGCCUUCCUCAACGGUGCCGCGAUGCCCGGCUCCGACGACGAGGAAGACACAGAGCUUUUCAAGGCUCAGGAGGUUCAGGAAGAGCCCACGCCCACGCCGGAGCCCUUUGCCGCUUCGAAGCCGAGAGCCAGGCCUGGCGAAGACUGGCUAGACAUGGACGAGGCAGAGUCGACAAGGUUUCCAGCGCCGAAGAGGCCUGCGCCAAAGAUGGAG